GGCCCGCUCGACCCGCGGAAGCUAGAUAGCCCAGAGUUCCGCGAGGCGACAGCCCUUCCGCCGCGGGAGCCGUUGAGGAGCGGCCGCCAUGGCUCUGCGCUACCCGAUGGCCGUGGGCCUUAACAAGGGCCACAAGGUGACUAAGAACGUGAGCAAGCCGAGGCACAGCCGCCGCCGCGGGCGCCUCACCAAGCACACCAAGUUCGUGCGGGACAUGAUCCGAGAGGUGUGCGGCUUCGCCCCCUAUGAGCGGCGGGCCAUGGAGCUGCUCAAGGUCUCCAAGGACAAGCGCGCCCUCAAGUUCAUCAAGAAAAGGGUGGGGACACACAUCCGCGCCAAGAGGAAGAGAGAGGAGCUGAGCAACGUCCUGGCCGCCAUGAGGAAAGCCGCAGCCAAGAAGGACUGAACCCCUUCUCCUCUGUGUAAUAAAGCCUUUUCAGAACUU